AUGUCUGCCCAAAAUUCAGCUGGAAUACAGACCCUCCUCGAUGCCGAGAGAGAGGCACAAAAGAUCGUCCAAAAAGAUCGCACACAGAAAGUGAAAGACGCUCGCAGUGAAGCUCAAAAGGAAAUCGAUGAGUACAAGAAGCAGAAGGAAGCAGAAUUUGCAAAAUUUGAAUCCGAGCACACUGGGGUCAAUGCAAGGGCCGAGGAGGAGGCAGCUAAAGAAGUCGAGGAGAAGCUGAAGGAAAUUGAAGCGGCCAAGGGGGAGAAAGGCCCCCAAGUCAUCGAGGAACUAUUGAAAGCUGUCACGGACAUUAAGCCAGAACCACAUCGUAACGCUGCUGUCACUCCUGUUUGA